AGAAGUAAAUAAAAUAAUAUAUAUGUAUGUACGUACCAUAUGUAUAUACAUAUGUAAAAAGUCGCAAACAAAUUCUCUACCAACAACAAAAUACUCAAAUCAAACGCGAGUGCAUUUACAAGUACAACUAAAACAACAACAACAUAAUACAUAACAGUGACAAAAAUAAAAAAAAAAUACAUAUAAUCUAAAUAUUUAUGUACAUAUGUACUCCCAGUGUGAGCAAAAGCACCGCCCAACCCCUCCACUCCCACAGGAGCAAAAGCAGCACUCGAGUCGAAAGAGAAAAAAAGAGCGACGCACAACACUGGCACUGGCACUGGCACUGGCACAGGCACAGUGAAUAACAAUUAAACAAUAAAGGCGGACAAAAUACGCAAUACAAAAAGUUAAACGAACGCUGAGGUCGUCGCAGCAGAGCCAACAGAAAAACAGAAAAAGUAACAGCAGCAGCAGCAGUGGUAGUAACGGUUGAUAAGCGAUUGUUACGACGACUGCGACAGCGACAGCAACUCGGCUGUGAGUGCGUGAGCUCGCGCAGAGGAAAAAGCUUCAAAGAAGCGCCCAAAAGCCAGAGAGCAGACAACAGGAGUUGCAGCAGCAGCAGCAACAACAAAAAAAAACAACAACAACUGAAAUAGCAGCAACAACAGUAGACACGCUUCAUGCAGAGCAAUAGAACGCAAAAUAUCCCACUACGAAAUGGACGCUUUGGAUGCCUACAUUGAACCUGCAACCGCAGGAACGUUAGAGACAGCAACGGCGACCACAAGUAAGUCCCAUCUAACUCAGCUACCAGAUGAUGAGGAUCUCAAAUCAGACAUUCCGUACGUUGAGGAUCAGCAAGCUGAGCAAAAGCCGCCACACGCUGACAAGGAAGGUGUUGAAGGUGCUGAUGCUGUUGCUGAUGGUGGCGAUGAUAAUCCCGAAAACUUUGAUUCUGCCCUGCUGCCAUUCACCAAGACAGAGUGUGAGCUUAGCGAUUACACGUCUUGGGACGAGGUGCAGGAUGCCAGCGAUGAGAACUAUAUGGACGACAGUGGUUCGGUACUAGGAUCGGACUAUAGCUCGCCGUAUACGGCAAACAGCUGUUCGACAACUAGCUACUACCAAAAGCCGAAACAGCCCAAUGGAGAUCUAUUGUUGAGACCGCCCUCACAUACAAGCUUUCACUACAGUUAUCCAUCGCCAUUGCCACCGAGGCCACAGCCGGGGCCGCAGCCACACAGUCCGGUCUUACAACUGCAGCUGCAACCGCCGGGAAGUAACAGCGGUCGCCUCCAUGCCACCUACGCACAUUCCCAACCAACGCACUGUCAGCUGCCGGGCUUCUAUCCGAAUGCCAACAUGUGGUAUCCAAACGCACCGUUCAAUGUCUCUGCUGGAGGGUCUAACGAUGCGGGAGGUCAGCCUGACAUGUACGUCGGUUACGCACAUGGCGCAUAUGGCAGUCCGUAUGCGGGGCAUCCGAGUCAUAUGCAUUCGCAUCAUCCGCACCAUGCCCAUCAUCCGCAUACGCAUCCGCACCCGCACCACCAGCACCCGCACUCACACCCACACGAGACGAUGAUGGAAAUGUUUCAGCUCUCAAAUAGCGGCCGUGAGGCACGAAAUCGAGCUGAGAAGAACCGUCGGGACAAGCUAAAUGGUUCAAUACAGGAGCUCUCGACGAUGGUGCCCCACGUGGCCGAAUCACCGCGUCGUGUUGACAAAACGGCUGUCCUCCGCUUUGCCGCCCAUGGUCUACGGCUAAAGUAUGCUUUCGGUAAGACGUUGCAACAUCAACGACCGCAGAUAACGGAUACGUUGAUGAACAUGCUCGAUAGUUUUUUUGUAACUUUGACGUGUCACGGCCAGAUACUGUUGAUAUCAUCAAGUAUAGAGCAGCAUUUGGGACACUGCCAGACCGAUCUGUAUGGACAGAAUAUACUGCAGAUAACACACCCUGAGGACCACAGCAUGCUGAAACAGCAGCUUAUACCAACCGAACUGGAGAAUCUCUUUGAGGCGCAUGCCGAGGGCGAUGUGGGCGAUGGUGAGACGCGACAACGCAGUAAAUCGGAGGAAGAGUACAUCGAUCGAAAGCUGAGGGAGGAUAAACGAAGUUUUCGUGUGCGGUUGGCACGCGCUGGUCCACGCUCCGAGCCAACCGCCUAUGAGGUGGUUAAGAUCGAUGGUUGUUUCCGUCGCAGUGAUGAGGCGCCUCGCGGCAAAUCCAGCACAUUUAGCUCCAGCCUGCAACUGAUACGUCGCUCAAGGGGCCGUGACGACACCAUACCCCUGCACUCAAUCAGCGGCAACGAUAUAGUACUCACUGCCUGUGCGCGAAUCAUCCGCCCACCGAAGAUCGCGAGCCGUUUAAUCGACGCUAACGCGCUAGAGUACCGGACCCGACAUCUCAUUGAUGGCCGCAUAAUCGACUGCGACCAGCGUAUUGGCAUCGUAGCCGGCUAUAUGACGGAUGAGGUGCGUAACCUUAGUCCCUUCACGUUCAUGCACAACGACGACGUACGCUGGGUCAUUGUGGCGCUGCGACAGAUGUACGACUGCAAUAGCUCGUACGGAGAGUCCACUUACCGGCUAUUCACCCGUAAUGGAAACAUUAUUUACCUGCAAUCGAAAGGCUUUCUCGAGAUCGACAAGGAGACGAACAAGGUGCACAGUUUUGUGUGCGUCAACACAUUGCUGGACGAGGAGGAGGGCAAACGGCGCGUCCAGGAGAUGAAAAAGAAAUUCUCUGUGAUUAUAAAUACAAAAAUACCACAAUCCACCAUGGAUGUGCCCGCCUCAGAGCAUCCAGCUCAGCUGGAGAAGGCUGUCCUGUGUCUCAUCCAGAAUCUGCAAAAGACGGCGACGCACGAAUACCAGGAAGGCGAUGACGACGAUGAGGACGAUGAGAUCGAUGAUGAGGAUGACAACGACGACGGAGACGGAGACGGUGAGGAUGCCGAUGAUGAUAACAAGACUGUGGACAAGUUCAGCGAUGAUGGUUCAGCAAGCCACAGAUCGCGGCAUCACCAUCAUCAGCGAGACCAACCACCGAAAACCCAGCAUCAGAAACUCAAUUCCCUAUUCCUGGGCAGCUCCUUGUCCAUGUCGCACGCUCGUAUGGCCGCGGCACAAAAUAUGGCCAGUUCCAAGACCCCACCAUUGGCGCUAGUUCCUCCCGAAACUGCCUCCGUCAAGUCCUCAAUUUCGAAAAGCGUUACCGUCGUGAAUUUUACAGCAGCAAAGCAUCUGCGUGGUCCCCAACAGUCCGUCAAAUCGCCCAGCGCAAUGUCCACUCUUCUCGAAGGCUGCAAUUGCCAAACCGGCAGUGAAAUCGAUUGCGAUUUCUGUCAGAGUCAGCUCGCCCGUGAAGCUCCAUCAUCGGCGUCAGGAGCGGCUACGUCGACCACAGCAACAGUGAAGCGCACCAGUAUUGGAGACGCUGAUGAUGUUAAGCCAUCGAAGCGUAUUUUUAUGCCGAGCCUAGAAAUCGAACACGUGCUGAGCAACUCGCUCGUUCAGAUCGAGCGGACGUUGAAUCAACAGCUGAACGUGGCGAAGGAGCUGCGAGAUCAGGGCAACCGAUUUGAGGUGCCAAAUGCGAAUCAGCGCAUAGACGAGAUUAUGGAGGAACACCAAAAGCAGAGCGAGCUGUACGUGAAUAUUAAGAGCGAGUAUGAGGUGCAGCUGCAGAAUAAAGGACACACAACGAAAUCAGAAUCCGAUCCACAUGGCAGUAAUACCAGCGGCGAGGAACAUCUAACGCCACGCUGAAUGGCUUAGUGUCACGAAAUUCACGAGGUUCAUUAAAAGGGUUUCACAUUGGACUUAGGUUUCUUAUCCACAUGCGGCUUUCAUGUGAUAAAUGUGGAAACAACGGCAACAACAAACAAACAAACAAACAAACGCUCAAAACACAAAAGCCAACAAAGAAACAGAAAAUUCAAAUAAAUUUAAAGCAAAUCAGAAAAUUUUGAAAAGGUCUUAGACCUACAAAUGCAUUGAUUUGCGAGCGGCAACUACAAACUAUAGAAUAUACAAGUAUAUAACUGAACUUCUACACUAUAGUGCUAUGUAUGUACAUACCUAUGUAUUACUAUUUAAAGCAGCGGUGUGUAAAUCAAUAUUUUAUAGAGCAACAAAAACUAAGAGUGAGCAUAAAACAUACAUACAUACUAAAACGCAAACAUAUGUACAUACAUACUUGCUGGGCCAAUAUUGAGAUGUCUAUGGACAUUUUGUGGAGCCUGAAAGUUUGGUUAAAUUUGUUAAUUUUGCUGUUUGUUAAUUCAGUUUACAGAUCAGUAGUCGUCAGUCACACAAUAAUUUUUACACAAAUAAACAAUUAUUAGGUUA